AUGUCGAAAUCGUCCCCAAUCGCAGAGACAAUGAAGGCGUUGAGAUUGGUAGAGUACAACAAAGACUAUCAGCUUCACGACAAUGUCGCAGUCCCAACCCCAGGUCCAGGCGAAGUUCUGAUCCGCGUUUCCGCCUCUGGCUUCUGCCACACAGAUCUCAUGGUAUACCAUGGCAUAAGCCAAGAACCGCUGCCCUUUAUCGGCUCUCACGAACCAGCGGGCACAAUAGUCAGUCUCGGGUCCGAUGUUCCAGACAGUUGGCGUGUAGGAGAUCGAGUGGGUGUCACCAACUUUCAGAAGCCAUGCGAUGCUUGCACGGGCUGUACGUGGGCCAAGAAGACCAUCAAAUCGCUGGAUCCUCGUUUCUGCGAAAACAGGACCAUGUGUGGCAUCACCCGGGCCAACGGUGGAUUUGCCGAGUACAUGACUGCUUCACACGAUGCUGUUGUUCACUUGCCCGAUGAAGUGUCUUUUGAACAAGCCGCCCCUUUAAUGUGUGCCGGUGCAACCGUCUGGCACGCCAUUAACCAGGCAGACCUACAAAAGGGGCAAUCAGUAGUAAUUAUCGGCGUAGGCGGUCUCGGCGUAGGCGGUCUCGGCGUAGGCGGUCUCGGCGUCUUAGGUGUGCAAUUUGCAAAAGCCCAAGGCUACCGUGUAGUGGCCGUCGACAAGCACGAAAUCGGUCUGAAGCUCGCCUCAGAAGUUCCAGCUCAUCUCAAACCCGAUCUCAUCGUCAACUCCAACGACAAAGAUACAGUCCAAAAGAUCUCAGACUUUACAGAUGGCCUAGGUUUGAAUGCUGCCAUCGUCUGUACUGGUGAUGAUGCUGCAAACGAUUGGGCAGCACAACGUCUACAACCAAGGGGAGUCUGUGUGGUUGUUGGCUUCCCUGAGGGGGGCUUCAAAUUUGAUCCAAUGAACCUCAUCUUUAGGGAGAUCAUAGUCAAGGGAACUAUUUUCUGCAGCAUGGACGAGGUCAGGGACAUGAUGGCUGCUGUUGUUGAACAUGGGGUUCUCAGCCCCUUGACUUUGAUACCCAUAGAGGAAGCAGAGGACAUACCAACCAGAGUAGCCGCACAUGCCUUCACAGGCCGGCCAGUUGUGACGAUUGGAACUGAAGGUCAGAGUUGA